CUUUGAUUGAAGUAUACAAAAUUAUGACCAAAAAAAAUGUGUUGAUGGCUUUAGUAAAAUGAAAUUAUUAAGCAAAAUUGUAAGGAAUUAUCCAUUGAUAAAACAAAUAAGGACUGAAUUUAAUUGUAAUUUACAAGCACCGCCGCAGCAUCUGAUUUGUUUCAAAAACUGGAAUCCCAAUAUGGUGAUGGAUAUUAUAAACAGUGCUUUGAAACUAAAAUGCUCCUUAAUAGAUACACACGGAAAGAAAUUGGAUCUGUUACAAAAUUGUAAAAUAAUGAUUUUGCAAGAGGUGAACCAGCCAUUUCUGAGUAUGGCCGUCGCAAAAGCCGCCAGUCUUCUCGGAGCUGACCACGUGCAUAUUGCUGAUCAGUUGAUAUGGGGACAUGAUUAUAAUGGAAGAGUCUUCUCUUCGAUGGCCGAUGCGAUAUUCGUCUCCACCACAACACACACUUGUCUCCAGAGGUUCGCAGAUCAAGCAACAGUGCCAGUUCUAUGUAUGGCCUCGAGAACACAUGCAUCCAUUCAGGCUCUCUCCACCGUUAUGGCCAUCAUUGAAGAAUAUGGCUUAAUGCGUGGGUUGAAUAUCGGAUAUAUAGGACCACCACAUCCAGUUCUAAACUCUUAUUUACUUCUUUGUCCAAUGCUAGGAGCUAAUUUCAAGUUUAAGUGUUGCUGUCAGAAGCAACCCGUAAGUCCCCUUCUAUACAAAGCGGGCGAAAACUUAUGUUCUGAAACUCAUACUCACUUGGAGGCAUGCGCUGAUAAAAGAGUUGUUCUUCGCAACUGUCACGUUGUAAUAUCCGGCCCGGAGAAACCAGAGAAGUUGGAAGAAUUCCGACUGCAUGCAGAUGAUAUUGAAAGAGAAAAUCUUCUUCGUCCCUGGAUUUUCAUGCACACCUGUCCUCGAGGCAAGGAAGUUGAUGACAGACUUUUCUUUCAUAUCAAUUCGAGAACUUUUACUGUAUUUGAAAACUUCCAGUACAUAGCUGCUGCUUUACUUGCCUUUACUAUAAAGAAUAUGAGAUUUUAAAAAUAAUAAUUAUCGAAAUAGUAGAAAUAAA